UUCCCCCCCCCCCCAAAAUUUCGGCUUAAGCACUAUAUAGAAUUGAUUUUUCAACCAUUUAAGUGAAUAUAAAUAUCUGUACACUAAAACUGAAAAAUCAUAUUCUUUCAUAUUCAACCUGUAGAGAGAAUUGAAUAUAUUCAAUAUAAAAUAUAAAUAUUCCUAUUCAAUACUCUCUGACUAUGAAUACAUCAAUAAACUCUUGUUUGAAGUGCAUGAGUAUUGUUUCUAUAGUUUUUUUAAGACAAUUCAUCAAAGAUGAUAAUAGUCUAGGCUGACGUCAGGCUGCUAGGUCAGCAAUUCUUGUCCACACACUUGUGAUGCUCUUUUUUUUAGUUAGUAAGAAUCUCAUUGAAAUCGUCACACAUCUUUGAAACUAGAACCAGAAAAACAAAGCUCUAUUACAUUAGAAACUAAAUAAUCCAUAGAAAGCUCAAAUUCGAUGAUAGAAGAAAAAAUCAAGAUGAUCCAAUCUCAGCACAGUGAGUAGAGUAUCAUGGAAUUUUGAAAAAUUCAAAUAUCUUAAAUUUUAUCAUUUUUGGAUCUUUCUACUGGAUAUAGAGAUCAAAGCGCUCAGUUCCUAGAAAAAUACCGGCGUCAACUCCUUUGACGGUCCGAGCGGCGAGCUCCUGCCACUCGGACUAUCAAAGGAAGCCGACUUGUUUGAUCGUAGGCUUGUUAUAAUUUUAUAAUUGUUUCUAUGAACUAAUUAUUUGGUCCAGGCUGUGGUUGGUCCGGUAGUCGCCUUUGUGCGAUCAUUAUUUCGUUUUCAACUAUGAGAAUUGUUAGCUAUUCCAAGUAGCACAAUUCUCAGAAAUUUUAUAAAUCUGGAUGGCAAGCAUUUCUUGACUGGUUGGAAAUCGUUGAAAGCAUUUUAGUUCAGUACUAACAGUCGGUAUGGAAACAUUAUUGGAGUCACAUCAACGCAGUCAUGUACCAGAACAGCUUGUGAUGAAGGAACUGAGGAAAUCGCUACAUCUCUAGAAAAAUAUUUUCAACACUUCACAAUGGCUCAACGAUCCAACCAAAGUCUGAUUUCUGCCUUCUUUGGUCAGGCUGCGAAGAAACGCAGAACCGAUCAGGAAGAGAGGAUUGCUGUAGAUGCUACCGAGCCCGCUACUGAUUCUCCAUCGUUUGCAGAUGAUACAGUCGAACCUCAUCAGGCAAGUGAUGACAAAACUUUAGAGAAUAUUGCUCAGUGCUCAUCGGCAUCAGCAACUAGUAAUCCAGAUGCUGAACUCCACCACUUGCAGCACGACUCUUACACCACAUCAUCUACGGAAUCAAUGAGGUCAGAUGCAUGCCCUAAUUCCUCAUUAAAUGACAUUGGACAUUAUAUUGGUAAAACCAUCGAUGAACAUACUAAAAUGAAAUUAUUGGAGCAACCGUGGGUCCCACCAGAAAAUUACUCUUUUCCUCACUCAAAACGAUCUGUAUCAGGAAAAUCAAUAAAAAAUUUUCUUAGGCCAAGUCAUUUACAGGCACAUAAGGAUUGGCUCGUACUUUCCGAUGUAAAACAAGGGCUGUUCUGUAAAUACUGUCCGUGGUUCACUAAUCGUAAUGAGGGGGGCUACUGCAAGAAUGUUGCUCUAAAAACUCUUGUAACCGAACCUUUGAGAAAUUUCAAAAAAUUAACAGGAUCUGAUGGACACUUGGAAGUCCACUGCAAUACCCAAUAUCAUAAAGAUGCCGUGACAGCAGGGAAAAACUUUCUAAGAGUAUACCACUGCCCGAAAAUGGAAGUAAAUAACCUCAUCAAUGAAGAACGGCUCUCUCAAUCCCAGAAAAAUCGUCAGAAACUUCUUUCUAUAGUUAAAACUGUCAUUUUGCUUGGUAGGCAGAAUAUUCCUAUGAGGGGGCACAGAGACGAUGGGCCACUCAAUUUAGAGAUAAACAAACUUGCUCAACGAUCCAACCAAAGUCUGAUUUCUGCCUUCUUUGGUCAGGCUGCGAAGAAACGCAGAACCGAUCAGGAAGAGAGGAUUGCUGUAGAUGCUACCGAGCCCGCUACUGAUUCUCCAUCGUUUGCAGAUGAUACAGUCGAACCUCAUCAGGCAAGUGAUGACAAAACUUUAGAGAAUAUUGCUCAGUGCUCAUCGGCAUCAGCAACUAGUAAUCCAGAUGCUGAACUCCACCACUUGCAGCACGACUCUUACACCACAUCAUCUACGGAAUCAAUGAGUGAUAUUUCACAGAGAGCACAGGUGAGUAUUGUACUGCGUUAUGUGCACUUUGAAAAGGAGUUUGAAAUAAGAGAGGACUUCAUCACAUUUAUUGAUGCAUUUGAAGACAUGAAAGAAGCUGAUGAAGAUAAUCUGGGCGACGAAAGAAGUAAUAGUGAGGUCGAAAUGAGUAUUAGUGUGAUAUCUUGA